GUUGUAUUCUAAACCAUGCUCUCUCGUACCACCCGCACACUGAAACCCGCGCUGCGCCGCUUCCACUCCUCCCAGGCCACAAAUGGCGAGUUCACCGUGACGUCCUCGCACGGCUUCCUCCCUCGGCACGACCCGCUGGCGGUUCUGCCCAGCUACUUUGACAAGCUCUCUGAACUCCUCCAUGAGAUGCCUCUCUACAAAGGCGACGGUACAUACGGACUCCUGCACAGCGGGCGGUUCGGCUCGCGCAUCGAGACGGAGCUGCCGCUGUACGAUGUGAAUUUCAUCUUUGACCGGCGGAUCCUCUCGGCGCUGUUCCGCGACUACACGUUCCUCGCAUCGGCGUAUCUUUUGGAGCCCUGCGACAUUCAGUUCCGGCUGGCGCGCAAUCACGGGCUGGCAAGACGCAUUUUGCCCAUGAACAUUGCCAGGCCACUGGAGGUCAUUGCACAGAGAAUCGGCGCCAGGCCGUUUCUGGAGCAUUCGAUGUCGUAUACGUUCUAUAACUACAGGCGCAAGGAUCCGGAGCAAGCUCUGGUGGCAGAGAAUCUGGAGCCGAUCCGCAUGUUCUCGGGCAGCAGUAGCGAGCACAGCUACAUUAUUGCGCAUGUCCUGGCCGGGCAGCAUACCGGGCAGAUUGUCCAGGCGGCGCAAGACAUCCUCAAGGCAGUGGAAACCGACAACCGCGCGCUGUUUGACCAGGCACUCGCGCAGUACACCGGGGCCAUGCAGAAAGUAAAUAAUGUGAUGGCCGAGACAUUGAAGAGCUCGGGCGAGUACAUGUCGUUCCGCACAUACCUUAGCGGCUGCAAGGACUCGGCCAUGUUCAACCACGGCGUGCAAUUCGAGAAUGCCCACGACACAUCCCAGCGCGCGUACUUUGGCGUUGCACAGAGCUCCAAUCCAGUGGCGUCUCUAAGCACGCAUCUCUUCCAGCUCGCCCACCUCUCCCCCAAUAGCUCCCUGCCGUGCUCUGACGGCAUCGACAGGCAUAGGCCGGCCAGCUACCAGGCAUUUUUGUCUCAUGUCGACCAGGAGUCGCAGAGACUUAAUGUGCAGAGGUACGCCUUGGGCAGUGCCAAAUCGUCGGCCAGCUAUAUGGGGGCCCUGGAUCAGGUGCUGGCGUACAGGUAUAGGCAGUGGGCGAAUCUGCGCGAGGCCGGCGAUGUGCAGGGGGCGGCGGCCUUCAGGGACGGGUUCAAGAGGCAGACUAACCAUGUCAGGGAAUUGGCUGGUCUGAUCUUGCGCUCGCUGGCUAACACUGAUGUCGAGUUGUUGGAGCCGCAGCAGAGGGCUAAUACCGAGCAUAUUGCGCAUCGCGCCGAUGUCGUGCGUCGGUCGCUCAACCGCGUGCUGGCUGAGCCUGAGGCUGCAGCCGAGCAGCUGCCCGUCAGCAUGAUCGCGUACUAAAAGUGAAAAGCUACGUGAGGGCUGACAUUUG